AAUAUUGAAGUUAUAUAGAAAAAAUGAAUCUGAUUCAGCCUAUAGUUUAUUUCUGAGUUUUAUUAUUUUUCAAUUUUCAUACUUCUUCUUUGGUUUUAUUUGUUUUGAAUGUUUGAUAAACUAUAAUCAAAAUAAUAUUUCUUAUAUUAAAUUAAAUAAUGUAUAGAACUAAACUAGAGACCAUAUUAUAAUUUUUAAUAUUUUUUUCUGUUUUUCAUGUAAUACAAUAUAAUAUAAUAAUAUAUGGUUUCAUUCUUCAAAUUAUUAUUAUUUAAUAUUUUCAUAUACUUUAUUACAUAUUAACAAUGGAACCAUCUGUUAGUGGACCAUCAUUUGAAGAAAUUCAAAUUCCUGUGCCAUUUGGUUUUGUAAGUGGUAAAUGGUGGGGGCCAAAAGAUAAACAGCCUAUAAUUGCAAUUCAUGGAUGGCAAGAUAAUGCUGGGACUUUUGAUCCUUUAAUUGAAUUACUACCAAAAGAUUUAUCUAUUUUAUGUAUAGAUCUACCAGGACAUGGACGAUCUUCUCAUAUUCCCUUGGGUUUGCCUUAUUAUAUAUUUUGGGAUGGCCUAGCUAUUUUAAGAAGAAUAGUGAGACAUUAUAAUUGGAGAAAAGUUUCUAUUAUGGGCCAUUCGUUGGGUGCAGCUAUUGGAUUUUUAUAUGCAGCAUCGUACCCUGAUGAUACAGAAAUGUUGAUAUCUAUUGACACAGUAGCGCCAGUAAUUUUUGAUCCUAGUGAAAUUGUUAAAAAUACAGGACCAAAUGUUGAUAAACUCAUAUAUUACGAUGCAUUAGGAGUUGAUAAAAUGCCUUCUUACAAAUAUUCAGAUAUGAUUGAUUUAGUGGUUGAUGGACAUCAUGGUACAUUGACUCGCAAAUCUUGUGAAAUACUUAUGAGACGUGGCAUGUAUCAUGUUAAAGAUAACAAAUAUUUGUUUUCAAGAGAUAUACGUCUUAAGGUUGCGUGGAUGGGUUUACCAUCUCUAGACGUAGUAAUAGCAUUCGCUGGUCAAAUAACAUGUCGCUAUAUGAAUAUCAAAGCUAAACCAUACAGAUCAUUAGAUAACUGGCCAGUCUAUUCACAAGUUUUGGAAAUAAUAAAAAUGAAUGCAAAAGACUUUGUUUUUAAGGAAUAUGAUGGUACUCAUCACUUACAUCUCAAUAAUCCAGAGUGUUUAGCUUCAGAUGUUGCAAAAUUCAUUCAACAGCCUAACAGCGCAUCACUGUGAUAUUAUAUUAUAUCAUAUUAUAACAUGUCAACAGGUUUGCUUUACCAUCAUUUGACAUUACAAACGAAUUUGCAAAACAGAUUCGUUGUCGUUACUUAAUGAUCAAAGCAGUUCCGGGUAGGGUGCGUGAUAAUUGGUCACUUUUUCAAAGUAUAUUAGAAACGAUAAAACAAUCUACAAGCGAUUUUAAUUACGUAGAAGUUGAAGGGUCUCAUCAUGUACAUUUAAAUGACGCUUCAAAAGUUGUUCCACACAUCUUAAAUUUUUUUUAAAAUGUUUCUUGUCAGUAAUUUGUAAUUUUAGUUAUAUAUUAUAGGUACAAUAGUGAACAAGUAUAUAAAUGCAUACACCUAAUUAUAAUAUAUUAUACAUUAAAUGCAAUAAACGAUCGUGGAUGGUUACUGAAA